UGUGUUUCAGCUUGUGGAGUACACUGUGAUCUUCGUUCUUGGAUAUCUAUUAAAUAUUGAAAAGCUAAUCUUCUUAUGUGCCUUCUCAUUACCAGAGGCAUGACAGGAUAUCGGACCUUAAAGCAAGAUGAAUUAUGCUGAGGACCAGCUAUGGUGCCUGCUGCACGGUGGUCGGCCUUUGGAGAAGUAUGUGGAGGAAUUCAUCAAGCUCUCCUAUCUGGUAGAGGAAAUUAGACAAGAUAAGAGCCGUUCUAGUCCAGACUCUUCUGUGAACCUCUGGUCCUCGCCAGCUUACCCCAGGCCGGUAUCAUCCACAUGCCUGGCCAAUGGCUCUGACCACCCCUAUCCUCCUGUGUUUCCCCGAGGCUCUCCCAGAACCAUUCCAGUCCUGAGCCUAGAACCAGCGGCUGCUCCACUCUCAAGCCCACCAACCGCUCCACUCGCAAACCUGCCGGCCGCUCCACUUUCCAGACCUAUGAUAAUAUCAGCCUUUUCUUCAACCUCAGCCCAAAAGAGGAGGAUGAGGAAAAGGCGGUUUUCAGUCCCGAUGCUCACUCCAAAGUUCGCCCCAGAAUGUUCGGCAGAGCUCAACCAGAAGCCCAGCCCUCCUUUGUCUCUGCUGGUCCCGUUCAGCUCACCUUCAUCUCCGCUGGUCCCGCCAGCUUUCCUUAAUCUCCUUCAUCUCCUUCGCCUCAGCUGGUCUUGUCCAGCCAUCCUUCAUCUCAUGAGCCUCCUGCGUUAGCCAGCUCCGCUCCUCCAGAGCACCCUCCAGUGCCCAAUCCUCCAGAAUCCCUCUGGGCAUGGAAAUGCCUAGUUUUCCCCAAGAAAAUAUCCUUUAUAUAUCUGUUGCCAUAGUGGCCAAGGCAGGGAACCUGGACAAGGCCACGAAGGCUACUCCAUGGCCUUCUGAACUCCCUGAUCUGCCCUGGAGGCCUUCCUUGUCUCCGCCCUUUUCCUACCCUGCACCAGCCUACAGGAUGCCCGCUCCCCACUCUCCGUUGGAACUGUUAUGGCGCAGGACACGCCUUCUGGGAGGGGGGUGAUAUUUCACGUUUGAGUUCCUGUUCUGUUUAGUUCAUCUCGUUUAGUUCAUUUGUCUCAUUAGUUAACCUUCCUCACCUGUGCUACCCUCAUCAAGUCACCUAUAUAAGGUCUAUCCUUUGUUCAGUUUGGUUGUCCGAUACUAUUUGUGUUACAGAUUGUGGAAUGCCCUGUGAUUUUCAUCCUUGGAUAUCUAUUAAAUAUUGA